UCCAAUCAAAAUACAACUGUGGCAUAUUAUUUAUCGGGUGUAAUACAUUACAUAGCAGGAGAAAUGCACAGGUGCGAAAAAAUGGUGGGCCGCUGACUACAGAGCUGCAUCGAUGACAGCGGGAUGACGUACCUCUACGUUGGUGAACUGCCUAGUGCACAAUAUGUUGAAAUACGAGAGAUUGGAAUCCUCUUCAACAGAACUGAGCAGGGAGUUGACAGCGAGAAAUUGUUACACCAGCCAAUAGUCUCCUCAUACUACGUAAGGUGGCCUCGAGUGCCAUGCAGGAACUCGUGCACAAGUGCCGGAAGCCCAAGAGGCCUCGAAGCAGGCUUUUGAGGAUGUCAUCCGGAUCAUGACUACUGUAUAAGAAAAUUCCGCAGAUUAGACACCUACAUCUUCGCUACUUUCCUGUGAGAUUGCUGAAGCAAAUCAUCAGUUGACAAUAAUAUGCGAUUAUCACGCACC